GGAAUCCCACCGCGUUCCUCUCCGUAUAAAAUGCCCAAAACCCUUCCCCUUCCCUUCCCAAAUCAAACCACCGGUUUAGCAGCGGCAGCGCCACCACCACCACAGUCACCGUCACCGCUACCACCACCACAGCCACCGCCACCGCCACCGACGACAAUAAGCGGCAGAAAACGAAGCGAAGGCAUCAUUUCCGUCUUCAUGGGAUUGUGCGUGUCAUCUCACGAUGAGCCAACCCAUACCGCGAUGGUAAUCCUCCCCAACGGCUCCCUCCAGGAGUUCCGGCAAGCGUCCGCCGCCAAGCACGCCCUGGACGGGAACCCCGACUGCUUCGUCUGCAACUCCGACUCCAUGUGCUACGACGAGGCCAUCCCCCCCAUGGCCCCCGAUGACGAGCUCCUGCCCGGCCAGGUCUACUUCGUGCUGCCCGAUGCCAGGCGGAAGGUCUCGCUCUCCGCCUCCGACAUGGCCGCCUUGGCAGUCAAGGCCAGCCUCGCGAUGCAGAAGAGCGGCAAGAAGGGGAAGGGGCGCCGCCCUGCUUUCUGCCGUGUCGUGCCGGUCUGCGAAAGGGCGGCGGGAGUGGGCUCGGGCGAGUUCGAGCCACGAGAUGAUGGGCUGCGUAAAGUCGAGUUGAGGAGGCCCGGCUCGGUGCGUAGGCUGCAAAGGGUUGCCUCUAAGAAGGCGAGGUUCGCUUGCGGGUCAUUCAAGCUGGGGCUGAGCACGAUUCAUGAAGAGGAUACUGUUAAUUGAGAUUAAUACUCUUUUGUUGUUCCUUUUCCCCCCUUCCGGCCAAUGUAAAGAAACAAGAAAUUUUUUUAUUUUUUAUUCUUUAGAUUAUUGGGUUCAUCUCAUAUUGCCUGUAGUACCCAUUUUUGGUCUUCUCUUUCUCCAUUUUGUUCAGUUUCUUCUUUUCACACAGAGAAAAAGAAAAAGAAAAACAUGAGAACUUGUACCAAUUAAAGAAAAUUGGAUAUAUUCGAUCUUUUAACCAGCAGGAUGUGUUCAACAGUUCAUAUGAUGGCAAUGACUGAUUGUUCUCCUUUUAGCAGACAUUCU